GUGAACUGACAUCCGGUCGCGGAAGUAGUUCCACACUUGAAUUGAUCUAGACUGGCGGCUGGAGAGAUUAUUAAACAGGAACACUCAAGAUGGCAAGCAAGGAGCACCCGGCCCAUAUUGUACGAUUUGCUAGCAACACCCAACUGGAACCAGAGCCUCUCCACGUUGCCACAAACAAAGAUGGUGUCCUAGAGGCCCAUGUGGGUAUGCUUCGUAACCACCACACCUACCGUAUCGAAAUCCCCCGUACACACACCUUCGGACCACAAAUCACUGCCCACCACCCUCAACCAAACAUUUACGUCCGUGUGUCCGAUGUUUCGUCCACUCAAACUGAAGCAGAUGGUAGUUUCUCAAACGUAAUCACGUGCCAUGUGAAGACCAUUAAAGAAGGCAAUAUAGCUGAGACAAUCACCAUAAGUUCGGAUAGUGAUGAGAGCAAGUGCGAGGAGAUCCUUGUAACGGCCACGGUGCUCCUCACAAACCAAGGCAACCCAAUGCUCAAGACAGGUGUACACAUGUUGUCACACGAGCAUUCGGAGGAGACCGACUUCACUGAGUGGCCGGGGCACGGGAAGGAAGACCAAGACGAUGACUAGACAACUAGCUAUAGGAACAGUAUUAUUAAAUUUUAGAACAAAUUAAGUUGGUGUUAGUCCAAUCAAACAUAUUUCGCACCAUAUUUGUUUACAUGAUGGUCAAUAUAGCAAAGAAUGGAUCUUCUAUCGAGUUGUA